CGAAUCGAUACUCGUUGCCCGGCAACGAUCAUGUUGCAAAAUAAACAAACUGAGCCGGCACAGCAAAUUUACUUUCUUAUUUUAUUAUUUGUGCAAACAUUUUAGAUAGAUAUUAUUUUUACAAUCCAUGGUAUGUGCUGAUCCCGCGAUGGUGUUGUUACCAGCGUGCUUGCCUGAGAAUUGCGGCCGGGAUUUCCGUGCUACGUUGAGGAAGCCAAGCCCGAAUUAUCCCUAUGGACAUAAGUACAAGAAACCUCGGGUGGUACCCGCCUUCACCAUACAAGCGAUGCAAAAGAACACGAAGGUGCUACCUCCUCCAAAAUGCAACGUCUGGGAGCCUCUACCUGCAAAGCCUACCAUGUUCAGGAAAUGCUACCAAAGAGGAGAGUUUCCAGUCUCCAUCGAGUUUACUACUUGCGGAAAACAACUAGCUUGGAAGGUGCCAAUAGAAAAGCUGGACUUCCACCACUAUCUCCCGAUGUUCUUCGACGGCCUAUCAGAAGGCACUUAUCCUUUCAACUUCAUAGUUGAAAAGGGCAUCCAUGAUCUGGUGACGAAGGGCUCGUACAAAAUUCUGCCUGUCGUUCCACAACUAAUCAUUCCUAUUAAAAACGCCCUAUCGACGAAGCGUCCAUCAGUCCUGUGUCACGCGCUCAAAUGCAUUCAGAUGAUCGUGACCGGUUGUGACAGAGUUGGCGAGGCCCUGGUGCCGUACUACCGACAGAUACUGCCAGUCCUGAACCUCUUCAAGGAUAAGAACAACAACAUGGGGUCAGGCAUCGACCACACGACCACCCGGGGCGAGAACGUGGCCGACCUAAUAGAGGACACGCUGCAGAUCCUGGAGAGAUACGGCGGGCCCGACGCCUUCAUCAACAUAAAGUACAUGAUACCCACCUACGAGUCCUGCGUGCUCAACUAGAUCAAACGUACUGGUACGAAUUAACAAUUAUUUGAAUUUUACAGAUUCAAAUUUCGAAUUUAGUUUUUUUUUUCUCUCUCUCUGGCAAGGCGCGGUUUGCGCAUCUGCCAAUCGAAUUUAGUUAUAACGGUUUUUAGCAUUUGUAAAUCGAAUAAAGCUUUUUCGAAUUUGGAACAUAAAUUCAGUGAUGGAUCGCAAUUAACAAAAAUAUAUGCGUAAAUCUAGGAAUGCUUUGAUAAUACUGUGUAGUUGUUUAUUUAAUAUGUUUGUUUAGUGUCAGUCUAUGCAGUGGAAUGUUUAGCUUUGUGUCCCAGAGCUCCAUGUUUAUUACUAAUAACCCUCGGUAAUUUAUUUUCAUAGCUUUGUUAUUGUUAACUUUAGUUAAACAUUAUUGUUACUAUAUUAAACGUAAACCUACUAUUUAAUUUAUCGUUUUCGAUAACUUUGGUAUCAUUCGUCAUACCUAAAUAUAUAAUAUGAGAAGUAAAGAAAUACUUUGGCUUUUAUGUAAACAAUAUAUUAUCCAGAUUUACUACGAAGAUUGCGGAAACAUCUCCACUACUAAAUAAAUAAAGUAAAAUAUCGCCAUGUCGAAAUAAUAUUGUUGUUCGUACCAAUAAACUAGUGUAAUAAGGCCACGAGACCGCUACUCUAUUGCACUUGUUGAAUCUCAUUUGAAUUUUCAUGUGACGACACUUAUUAUUCAUGACUAUUAGAUUACAUUGUGCAUGAUUCCUUAUGUCCAAUAUAACUUUAUAAUUAGAAUAAAUAUACCUAUUGCGUUAUAGUUAUAGAUUCUAGAUUAAUUUGUGACCUAUUAUGUAACGUAGAGUGGUGAACGAACACUAAUUGCUGUUUACUUGUGGCUAAAAGACAAAGCGCGGUAACACCGCACUACAAUUCAAAUGCCACUAGUGUACAACGUUCGCGUUUUAAUGUAAAUGUAACUUCGUGAGCAGCUCUUAUUAAAUUUAACAUAAUUUUGCGUAUUUUUCCGCUUGUAUUUAUAAUUGAUCUUUAAUUUCGCAAUUUAUUGAUCAAUUGUAAAUACACGCGGAUUUGAAUUAAGAAUUUGUGAUUAGUGAUCUCAUAAUUUUAAUGCUCGUUAUGUUUAUAUAUUUUAUAAUUGUUUUUAGUGAAUUUAUUAGAUUAGUUCAUUGUUUGCGGGUGUUUUUAGAAUGUUUUGUUGUGUACGUGCACUAUAAUAAAUUAUGUGUGGUAAAA